AUGUUCAGACAAGUUUCCAGAGUCGCUGUUGCUCCCCGCUUGGCGAGAUCCUACGCCAUUGCCGGGCAAUUCACUGGUUCGAAAGGUGCCAACGGCAAGUACACCGUCACUUUGAUUGAAGGUGACGGUAUCGGUCCCGAAAUCGCCGAAGCCGUCAAGCAGGUGUACUCGGCGGCCCAAGUGCCCAUUGACUGGGAACCCGUCGACGUCACCCCUCUUUUGAUUGACGGCAAGACCACCUUGCCCCAGCCCGCCAUCGACUCCGUCAACAAGAACUUGGUGGCGCUCAAGGGUCCCUUGGCCACCCCCGUCGGUAAGGGCCACACCUCGAUGAACUUGACCUUGAGAAGAACCUUCAACUUGUUCGCCAACGUGCGUCCCUGUAAGCUGAUUGUCGGCUACAAGACCCCUUACGACAACGUCGACACCGUGUUGAUCAGAGAAAACACCGAAGGUGAGUACUCGGGUAUCGAACACACCAUCGUCCCCGGUGUCGUCCAAUCGAUCAAGUUGAUCACCAAGCCCGCGUCGGAAAAGGUCAUCAGAUACGCCUUUGAAUACGCUAAGCAAAUCGGCAAGCCCCACGUGUUGGUGGUGCACAAGGCGUCGAUCAUGAAGCUUUCCGACGGGUUGUUCGUCAACACCGCCAGAGAAAUCGGCAAGGAAUACCCCGAUGUCAAGUUGGACUUCGAAUUGUUGGACAACACCGCCCUUAAGAUGACCGCCGACCCCACCCAAUACAACGAAAUCGUCAUGGUCAUGCCCAACUUGUACGGUGACAUCAUGUCGGACUUGGCCUCGGGCUUGAUCGGUGGUCUCGGUUUGACCCCCUCGGGUAACAUGGGUAACAAGGUGUCGAUCUUUGAAGCCGUCCACGGUUCCGCCCCCGACAUCGCCGGCAAGGGCCUCGCCAACCCCACCGCCUUGUUGUUGUCGUCGUGCAUGAUGUUGAGACACAUGAACUUGCUGUCGGACGCCGACCGUAUCGAAAAGGCCGUGCUUAAGACCAUCGCCUCUGGCCCCGAAAACAGAACCGGGGACUUGAAGGGUACCGCCACCACCAAGCACUUCACCGAAGAAAUUAUCAAGAACUUGUAA